UCCCACCACCUCGGCCACCACCACCUCUGCCGCGAUCACCCCCGCCUUGGCCUCUUCCUCUGCCUCUAGGUUGAAAUACAGACAUGGCUCAACGGAACUAGUGCGGGGUACGGUUCUCUUUGGAAGCUGAGACCUGAAGCCCCUUGGAGAGUCUAUGUAAUGAGUUGGCAAGUCGUCACAGUCGUCUUAUUUGUAGAUUCGGGAAUGGGUCCUUACCUACCCGAUGUCGAAACUGGCAACUUCACCUUGUACGCUGCACUGAUGGUAACCUGAGUGUCAGUCCUGUGCAGCAGUGUCACGUCGCCGGCUUGAUUCUGUGAAAGGUAGAAAACGUGAGAACGCGAGUUCAGAUAUAGACUGGCUGUGCUUGCUAGUGGCAACGCGUAUUCGUGUGACUUUGACAGCCAGCCUCGUUUGUGACUAUGGAGGGGGUGGUUGCAAGAAGACAAACCAAAUAAACAGCCAACAUCAGGCCGCCCCACAUACCGUCAUACUCGGACCGCAGUCAAGACGGGCAGCGGCAUUCCAUCCUAACUUAACACCAAUCACAUCGCCGGAGGCUAGAAAGCACGCCCUACAUGCGACAACAUAUCACUUUCUUUGCAGCGUCGUCACGUCAAUCACUUCGCAAAUGCCACGACAAUGUCAGAGCCUUCUCUCGAUUGGUAUAGGACCCCGACGUGGCAUUUAACGAUUAGCCUUACUGGGCUUUGUUUAAGGCACUGGGCCGAAACCGACGAGGCUGGCGCCUACCCCCGCACCAAUAAAGGACCCUGCCUUGUUGGUUUUGAUCCUGAGGAGGACCCGAGGUCUCCCACGCCGCGUAUGUAGAGUAUUAUACGGAGAUUGGAACGCAUCGUAUAUAUGGUCUCCAAGGCUGGCGAUAAACCACGAUGUUUUCAGUGCUGGGGUGACGGUCACAUUGCACACUUCAACCAGAACAUCCUACUACCAAACGCUGCACUCUACUGAAUGGAGCAUUAUGACUUUCCAAGAAUCUACCCUGGAAGAUGCUCCAGCAAACUCUGGCGCGAUGGAGCUUGCCAAACCCAGUGCGAUACCACCUGAGAAGUCUAGGCUGUACCAGCUUGAGAUGUUCGAAGCAAGCAUGGCUCGCAACACCAUUGUAGUGAUGGAUACUGGCAGCGGAAAAACUCAUAUUGCGGUUAUGCGCAUACAGGCCGAGCUAGAGAGAUGCCCGCCACAGAAGCGUGUCUGGUUUCUUGCCCCGACAGUUACACUAUGCGAGCAGCAAUACACUACCCUCCGCACAAACAUCCCAUACGUUCAGACACGCCUACUCGUGGGUUCCGAUAAUGUCGACCGUUGGAGUGAGCAAAGGAUAUGGGACGCAGUGCUAGAAAAUGUCCGAAUAGUCGUAUCCACCCAUGGCGUUUUGUCAGAUGCUCUCAGCCACGGGUUUGUCCGAAUAGAAGAGCUGACACUCUUGGUGUUUGACGAAGCUCAUCAUUGCGCGGGCGAGCAUCCCGCAAAUAAGAUAAUGAAAAAUUAUUAUCAUCCUCUCCUGGCGCUGAAAGGGCCAAAUGCUGUACCACACAUUCUCGGCUUAACCGCAAGCCCAGUUAUACGAUCCAAACCAUCGGAUCUAGAAAUUAUCGAGCGUAAUCUCAAUGCGCUAUGUCGAACACCACGAGUUCAUCGUGGAGAGCUGCUAGAAUACGUCCACCCGCCGACAUUUGUGAGGCUUGCCUACUUGUCAAACCCAUCAAUAUACGGGCAAUAUACUUCUCCGGCGCUUGUCAACCUAACAAUUGUCUAUGCCAAUGCUACGAACUCUAGCGCAUCCCAGGAUUCGGAUAUUGAUCUCCGCGAAUUGAAAUCAUUUUGCAGGAAAUCACGUCAUAUAUACGACGAGCUAGGCCAAUGGGCUGCAGAUUACUAUAUUAAAACAUCUGUGGAUAUCUGGAGUGCCGCGGAAACGAAACGGAACGGAGACCCGUUUUUUGAUAAUGGGAAACGGAGCAAUGCUCUACUCAAGUUGUUGCGUCACCAAGUUCAAAGUGCUAGUUCGGCAUUGGACUCUAGUCAUCCAGAUGAAAUGAACACAACACGGAAAGUGCGACAGUUAGUUCGAUUCCUGACAAGUUACGGGAACGGUGAUCUUCAUGGGAUUAUAUUCGUUGAGCAACGGGCAACCGUGGCGGUCCUCCACCAACUCCUCUCUCUCCAUCCCAUGACAAAGGGCAUGUUGAGGUGCGGGACAUUUAUUGGAACUUCUAGCUUCUCCAGUAGGAAAUCAUCUCUUGGCGAUUGGCUCACUCCCCUAGAGCAGAUGGAUACCCUCGAUUGCUUUCGAAAGAAGGACAAGAACUUUAUCAUUGCAACUAGCGUUCUUGAGGAGGGGAUUGAUAUAUCAGCUUGCAAUAUAGUUAUAUGCUUCAAUAAACCGCCCAAUCUCAAAUCGUUUAUUCAACGGAGGGGAAGGGCAAGAAAAAGCCGUUCUAUUUUUGUCCUCCUAGUUUCGUCGGAUGACCGUUCUUUGGGUCCACAGGAAUGGGGAGACAUGGAGAAUCAAAUAAGGGAAGAGUAUCAAAAAGAUGCUUCGAAACGUCAGAAACUGCAGCAGCUAGAAGAUGCCGAAGAGCAUGUUGAAGGGCGUUCCAAUGCUAGAUUCGAGAUCAAGUCAACCGGGGCCCUCCUCACCCUUGAAACUGCCGUUGCUCAUAUCCAUCACUUCUGCGCAACUCUCCCCCCGCAACCCUACGUGGAUCUCCAACCAAAGUUCUAUUUCCAAGAGAGUUUCUACGGCCUGAUAACUGGGAAUGUUACAUUACCAAACUGUGUCGAUUCAUCAGUACGAACGGCAUCUUCUGGUUGGGAAUGGAAAUCGGAACGGAUGGCGAAGAAAGAUGCUGCUUUCCAGGCGUACGUUGCCUUGUAUAAGAAGGGACUGGUUAAUGAGAACCUACUGCCACUGCUACUUGGGAAGGAAGAAGACGUUAUGGCUGAUAUAGAGACAAGGGCUUCUGUAGAGGAAGUCUCCGAAAUCUUUGACCCCUGGAUAAGUAUUGCAAAAAGCUGGAUGGAACCAUCAGACUCUCUGAAGAAGAAACUUAUCUCCAUCACCAGGCCAGACCGUCCGACUCUGUAUUUGGCUAUGGUUUUCCCUCAGGAGUUGCCUGCUCUCGAAACCUUUACGAUUUACUGGGACAAUGAGAUAACUUACUCGAUUUCCAUUAGUGAGACUACAUCAAUAUCACCCACCGAUACCCCAUUCAUUCCUAUAAUGAGGCAAGUUACGUCAACGAUUUUUCAAGCAGUCCAUUUCAAUCGUAUGCCGAUAGGGCGUGAUGAUUUCCUUGCGCUCUUUAUACCACAUAUUGGCGAGGGAUUACUUCAGUCAUGGCUGGAAGAAAGUGCUGGAAAUCUGCCAGCUGCAGAGAUACUAGAUACGAAUACGAUGCCCAAUGCUUCAUAUGGCCUCAUCCGAGAUCAAGCACGUUACGCGGCUCCACAUAUAUUCAAAGAGACUGUUGAUGAUGGCACGAUAAAAGUCGUUCGUUUGCCCAAAAGACGAGACUUUCUUCAUCGUAGCUUUGCAAGCAAGUCAGAAACCGAAAACGAAGUAGAUUGCUCUGAGAAGCCGGCUUUAUUCUUGCCUUUGGAAUCAAGCACUGUUGACAAGUUGCCGAUGGAAUAUGUGGAGUGCUCUCUUCUCAUCCCUUCUAUUAUGCACCGGCUAUGGAGACAAGCCGUUGCUUUGGACUUAUAUAACGCCGUAUUUGAAGAUCAGGGGUUUCUUAACCUCGAUUAUGUUAUCACAGCAACAAACGCCCCUUCUGCCAACGAGAACUCAAACUACCAACGCUUGGAGUUCAUUGGGGAUUCGGUCUUAAAAUACCUCGUCUGCGUGAAUUUGUACGCUUCUCAACCCUCAUGGCCUGAAGGCUACCUGUCCAGGGCCAAGGAUCAGGCAGUUGCCAAUUCUCACCUUUCGCGGGCUGCUCUGGCUGUAGGACUCGACCGUUAUAUUGUAACGAAAACCUUCACAGCACGGAAAUGGUCUCCACCGUAUAUCCAAGAUAUAUUAGAUGCUGCAUCAUCUCCAGAGAAGCGCACCUUGUCAACCAAGGUCCUCGCCGACGUUGUGGAAGCGCUUAUUGGCGGCGCAUUUCUUGAUAGGGGGUACGAGGCAGCUGCAACUUGUAUAAGCCGUUUCCUUCCUGAGAUGCGGAUAACAGCCCCGCUCGAUAUAUUUGCUAGAGGUAUUCAUACAGAGAGUGUUUUUGCUCCCACAUCGCUCGCAAACGGUCACCUUGCAGAUGUCGAGCGCUUAAUUGGAUAUCAGUUCAAGAAUCGGGGUUACCUACUGGAAGCUAUAACCCACCCAUCGUGCGAACACGACUCGCACACGAGCUCGUAUCAGAGAUUAGAAUUCAUUGGGGACGCUACGUUGGAUAUGAUAGUCGUUUCUUUCAUGAUCGACAAUGCACCGGAAUUAUCACACGGCAGGAUGCACCUGACAAAGACCGCUGUGGUUAAUGCGGGAUUUUUAGCCUAUCUCUGCAUGGACGCAUCGCUUGAACAAGUCGUUACGGAUGUUGCUUUGAGCCCAAACCACUACUCGACUGGCUUUACAGAAGUCCACAGCUCAAAGCUUGUGCACCUAUGCCAGUUAAUGAGACAUCAACACCCAGAGAUAAACACUGCAAUGAGUAGCUGCUUGGAAAGAUAUCAUAAACUGCAACCUGCCAUUGCAUCUGCUAUUGCCCAUGGGAAUGAGUAUCCAUGGGUACUGCUAACAAGCCUAGCUCCGGCAAAGUUCUUGUCUGAUAUUGUCGAAAGUAUCAUUGGCGCAGUCCUCAUAGACGCAGCCGGCGACUUAUCAGCAUGCAAGAAAGUUGCAGAGAAUCUCGGGUUAAUCGCCUAUCUCCGCCGCAUUUUAGAUGAAGAUGUGAAUAUUCCCCACCCAAAGAAUAAGCUCGGCGAGAUGUCUUCAGGUCGGACGGUCGAGUAUAAACUUGGGAAAGAGGGGCAGGAAUAUACCUGUACUGUGGAGGUGGGAGGCACUGCCAUUGUCAGUGUCUCACAGGGGAUAUCUCAGGAAGAGGUUAUGACGAAGGCAGCGUAUAUGGCAGUUGAGCUUCUUGGAUAAUUAUUGACAAGUUAUGUAGUAUGGUAAUGUCUCUCAUAUAACGUAUUUCACAAGCGAGUGAACAACUUGACAAAAGUCAACAUGCCACUACCACCACAAGCUACACCCUCUAUUCAGUAGGGUAGGAUUGUUCUAGACACAACAGAGCGCAAAGGGAG